UAACAGUUUCCAGUCUAUGCCGUAUGCGCAUGGGCGGAGAAGCGGCCCUUGUUAUUAUUGUAAGAAUAAUUUCACUUAUGAAAAUGGCGGCGAGUCAGGGAGGUGUGGGAGCCGUAACGGCUCUUCAAAGCCAUCACUAUUCGAACGGACCUCACUGGAACCCGGGCGUUCUACAGCAUCAGCACCAGCUACACACUGCCCGGAGCUUGGACCGCGCUUUGGAGGAUGCCGUAUGCUCGGGGAUGUUGAAUAUUAGCGGCAGGAAAUUGAGGGACUACCCUGGGCUGAACUACGAUCUAACCGAUACCACACAAGCAGAUUUGUCAAAGAACCGCUUCACAGAGAUCCCUCCUGAGGUGUGUCUUUACACCCCACUGGAGGCUCUGAACCUCUACCACAACUGCAUCAAAUGCGUCCCCGAGGCCAUCGUCAACCUGCAUAUGCUCACCUACCUGAACAUCAGCCGGAACCUUCUGUCCACACUGCCAAAAUACCUGUUCAACCUCCCACUCCGGGUCCUGGUGGUCAGCAACAACAAGCUGGUGUCCAUUCCUGAGGAGAUUGGCAAGGCCAAAGACCUCAUGGAACUGGACAUCAGCUGUAAUGAGAUUCAGGUGCUGCCCUCUCCGAUGGGCAAACUAACUGCCUUACGAGAACUCAACAUUAGGAGGAACUGCCUUCAAGUGCUGCCAGAUGAGUUGUCUGAUCUUCCUCUCAUCCGUCUGGACUUUUCCUGUAAUAAGAUCACAGAGAUCCCCACAUCCUACAGGAAACUGAGGCAGCUUCAGCACAUUAUUCUUGACAACAACCCCAUGCAGUCUCCACCUGCACAGAUCUGCCUGAAGGGCAAGGUUCACAUAUUUAAGUAUCUGAACAUCCAGGCCUGUCGCAUGGACAAGAAGCCAGACUCACUCGACCUGCCCUCCCUUGGGAAACGCUGCCUACCUCCACCUUUAGCAGACAGCAUGGAGGAUGUCUACCCCAGUAAGAACCACGGCCCUGACUCAGGAAUCGGCAGCGACAACGGCGACAAGAGACUCUCCACCACAGAGCCCUCAGACGACGACACAGUCAGCCUGCACUCACAGGUGUCCGAGACGGCCAGGGAGCACAGCAGGGCAGACACACACUCUCUACUGGCAAAGCUGGACCGUAGCAAAGCAGAUCAGGACCCUUACGACUUCAUUGACCCAAAUCAGGAAGAGGAGGCGGCCUUGUCUGAAGGAGACGUGCAUCAGAGUACCUCCUUUGUCUCCUGUAUAAAAGAACUUGAAAAGGUUCUCAACAAAUCACACCAAAUCAAAGACAAAGAGAACUGGAAGGAGGAGUCAGGCUCAGAGAAAGAGCAACUUGCUGAGGAAGAGGAGGACGAACUGAAGGAAGUGCUGGAUCUAAGGAAGAUCGCAGUUCAGCUGCUACAGCAAGAGCAGCAGAACAGACGGCGGUCCUUAAUUUGUAGAGCUGAGAGCCUUAUCCAUCGCAGGAGGGCAGCAGGCCGAGCUCACAGAUUUCUUAGUCAUUCUGGAGGGAGCAGCAAACAGAGGUCACCUUCUCAAGCAGUCCGGAGUGCAUCAUUGGACGAGGGAAGCAGCUCAGCCUCAGCCUUGAGUGGACAGGAUGCUGAUCUCAUCGAUGAGGACACAGCGUUUUCUGAGCCGUCCACUUCCUGCUCGUUUGACGGCAGCCUGAAGUCCGAGAACAGCGACUCAGAACCCAAGUGGCCCGAGGUGCCACCGGUGCUGAACCAGAACGAGGACCGGCGCAGAAACAAGUACCUGAGGAAGGACUACCUGAAGUACAAGUGUCAGAGUGCCCGGAGAAAUUCUAGUGGUCAUGAUGAUUGCGAGGACGGAGUACGGGCGUCUGAUUUUACCACUGCACUCACUGUGUUUGGCCUGAAGCCCAGAUCAGCUUUCUCCAAGGGAAGCCAAAAGGAGUACAACACCAUAGACCCCAGCUUCACCAUGCGGAGAAAGAUGGAGCACCUCAGAGAAGAGAUGGAAAAGAUACACCUUCUCCGGCAGAAUCUGGAGUCUAGGCUAAAGGUCCUGUUGCCGGAUGAUGUAGGGGCAGCCUUGAUGGAUGGUGUGGUGCUUUGCCACCUGGCAAACCAUAUCAAGCCUCGCUCUGUGGCUAGUAUCCACGUGCCCUCUCCUGCAGUGCCAAAACUGAGCAUGGCCAAAUGUCGUCGGAAUGUGGAAAACUUCCUUGAUGCCUGCAAGAAGCUUGGCGUACCGCAGGAUAACCUGUGUCUGCCACACCACAUCCUUGAGGAGAGAGGCCUGGUGAAGGUGGGAGUGACGGUGCAGGCUCUACUGGACCUGCCGACCUCCAAGCCCCCCCAGCUAUCUACAAUGUAGCCCCCAGUGCCAGCCAGUCACUCAUACACACACACACACACACACACACACACACACACACACACCACCAGUGUGCUUCUCUCCAGACUCCGUCGCACUCAACCACCACUGGAGGAGGCUAACACACUGGACCCGCUACGGCGGCAAGGGGCGAGAGGUCUGUGCUUAGUCCCCACUUACCACACCCUUGGAUCACAUAGCAGGGGGUGAGUUGGGGGCAAAGACCACCCACCCAGCCAUGAACUGACGAAACACCGAUCACACUCGCCAGACCUUGAUGACCCAAGAUCUUUCCACCGUCUGACUUUCAUCACCUGCUAUCCUGUGUGCCCAGACACUUUCCCAUCCACACAAGUCACUCUGGAGAAGAGGCCCGUGAUCUCCUCUGCUUGCCUUCAUGGACCAGUCGGCCUUUUGGACUGAGGGCAUUGCCUCUCUGCAGUCCCAACUGCCCUUCACCUCCCCUUCCCUCUCCAAGCUGGUUGAAUUUGGAGGGAGUGCCUGCCUGCACCCUCCUGCAUGAUGUCAGCUGGACUCCACCAAGCAUGUCUCUCACCUCUACCUGCCGUAUGUGGGAGCGUGCAUAUGCGUGUGUGUGUGUGUUUUCCUGUAAGAAAGAAAGUGAGGGGAUGUGGGUGUGUGUGUGUGUCUGUGUGUGUGUGUGUGUGUGUGGAUGAGGGAGUGUGUAUAGCCUCAGUUGGUGGUGCAGAAUGCCAGGUAGUUCAGGAAGGGCUGAAUCCUAAGAGUUGAGAUCAGCACUGUACAGUCAGAGGUUCUCUGAGAGAGAACUGCAUGCAAGCCUACUACCUAUAGGUAAACAGACAUUAUUUGCCAGGACAGGGUCUCCUAUUUUAUAUCUCAGAUCAGAGCUGGCCUUAAGCUGCCAUGUAAGAGAGCAUAGUGACAAUGGAACUCGGCUAUGUAUGUUUUCCAUAUGCUAUCUGGAAUGGAGAACUUCAAAAUGCAUUUAUUUCAAACCCUAAAAAAAACAGUCAGACCUCCUGUGCAACGUACACAUAGACCUGUAGGCAUCCACAUAAACACCCCCCUCACGCACACACACGCACGCAGACACACGCACGCACACACACACACACACACACACACACACACACACACACACACACACACACACACACACACACACACACACACCCUUGAUUUCAGUGCCCUGCAUGUGAUGAGGUGUAGUGUCGACACUGCACGCCCACCACCCCAGUAACAGACCAUUUCCACCAGACUUGUUUUGUCUUGAAAGCCAGCUGUAGGGGGGGGCAGUCUCUGUCAAGGAUAAAAGACCAGAGUUGUCAGUCGGCCGUCAUAAAGCCAGAACUGAAUAAAGCGGGCUGAAAGGGUGAUCAGACCAUUGUGUUUGUGCUCUGGGGAAAACAAUAACAACAUUAUUAUAGUUUUUAGACUGGCCUGACUCACCUGGGUGGGGCUCUUGUAGUUUGGUGCCAUGUCACCUGAGGAUGUAAAAUAUUACCAGAUUGAGAGAGUUUUCUCUUAUGGUUGAACCACUGCCCACUAGUGCAGGUUUUCCAACUGCCUCCAAUUGUGUGUACAGAAAGUUGAGUGCAUAGGGAAGGAGUCAGUUCUGAGGUUUUAAACGGUGAUGGUGUUCAUGCUAUAUUUCCUUUGGAAUCAAACAACUUAUGCUUAGUUUUCAUGUAUUGCUUGCUACAUAUUGUUGUGCUGGCGGCUUGGUUUCUUUGGCACAACAUACUGUACGAGUACAUUGUGCAAUGGGAAGAAUGUGACAGUGUGUUCCGAGCAAUUAGAACUCCUGUCAGAAUUACCUGACCAUUUUUCCAAAACAUUUUUAUCAGGGACAGUAUUUAUUGUGUUUGUGUAUUUAUUUUAAAGUAUUUUUUGUUUGUUUGUUUGUUUUAAUAUCUAAAUGUCUGUUGAAAUGUGUGCCAUGGGCUGUUUUAUUUGUGCAGUACUCAAACAAACAGCCCCAGUGUGUGAUCCCUGGUCAGGAUUAAUGACUUGGCUCUUUAAGGCACCAUCUUUUCCCCCCAGUAAACAAAAGUAUGUGUGCUGAUGUCCAACAUGUCCACUCAGUUUUAUAUCCCAGCAUUCAAGUAUUUAAUUUCACCACAAUUCUUUCUCUAUGGCAGUCAACUUGAUUUAUCUUUCAGGUUUGAUUUGGUCUUGUUUCUUCUCUUCUUUUUAAGUUAUUCUUUCAUCUGUUUAUUUUUUGCCCUCCACUUCCACUCUAGCUUUACCCUUGAGCACAUUUCAUGGAAUCCCCUUGUUGACAGUUCCAGGAACUCCAGGAACUGUCAGCUCCAGCUUUGCCCUUGAGCUGUGUUCGUUUUCUUGGGUGUGGCGGAGGUCUGCUCUUUGCAUGAAGCACCCUGUUCUGCUCUUUGGCUGUUUAUCUCACCCAGUCUUUGUGCUUAUGCGACUUAUUUUACCUAUUGGGUGGUCAAAAGUCAAACCUCUAGUUUUUCUUGGCAAGGCAGCAGGAUAUUUUGGUUGGAUCAACAAGAAGCAAGAGGCAAAUGAGUCAGAAUUCAACUGGAGAAGCAAGACAGCCCCUUCUGUAUUUUCUCUGUAUUUUCAUUUAUUUUAUUAUAUUAUUUUCUUUGCACCGGUACAGUGUGCCUACAAUACUAUGUACAAUAUCAUUGUGCAUUAAUGAGUCAGGUAGAAAGAAAGGAUAUGUUGUGAUUGAUCAAGAGGUAGAAUUAGUUAUAUCAGGGACAUCUUGCCUCUGAAAAAAACUACUAUUAUAACUGACACGACCUAAUUUGCCAAAUGUCAAGCUGUAGCACGCCUGUCUGCGUGUGUGUGUGUGUGUGUGUGUGUGUGUGUGUGUGUGUGUGUGUGUGUGUGUGUGUGUGUGUGUGUGUGUGUGUGUGUGUGUGUGUGUGUGCAUACACUGAUCUUCAUGUGGGUUAUGUCUCAGUUUUCCAUAACUGCUGUUGUCAUAACCUUCACAAGCUUAAUUUCCAUGGUGCCAUAAUGUUUUUGUGUGACCAACAAGUAGUGUGUUCAACUGCAUUUUUUCAUUUCUCUGGAUAUCCAUGGACUUUCCAUUGACUCCCCUGUAUUCUACAUGCCCUAGUCUUAGCCUUCUGUUUGCACUGUCAAGCUGCAUUCACUGACACUGAAAAGACUUUUAAGACAUCUCCCUUCCCAUUGAGACGCUCAGACAAUGGCUAGAUUGCGGCACUGAUCCAUGUGCCUGGCGUAAAAUUGGAUAAGGAUCCCUGCCAGAAGCAACAGCUGUGUGAAAUUUCUCUAUAAUAAAAGGUGAUUUAUUAGGCUUGUCAACUCAGCUACUGUAUGUUAUUCGCUUUCACUGGAUUUAUUUCCUGUACAUAGUAUAUUUAUUCAGUUUUGUUGAGGUGGGAGAAGCUCUUUUGCUUACACUAUAUGAAUGAGUGCAUUCAAAUGUGGGUGUAUAUAACUGUUGUUUUUUGUAUGAAACUGAUUGAUUGCAUGUUUGGACUCCAUUUGAUCAAGCCCUUCUGUGUGUACAUAAUCUCUGUAUAAAAUACUAGGAGGUUCUUUAAAAAGGUUUCAAGUUAAAAAAAUAAAUUAAAUAAAAUGGUCUUUUCCACA